AUGGCAAUAUACGAGGCUGUAGGCACUCCGGGGUCCUCAACAGGAUCUCACGGCGACAAGCCAUAUCAUUCUAAGCGACCACACCACAAAUCCAGAAAGGGGUGUCGUACAUGCAAAGCUCGCAAGGUCAAAUGUGACGAGGCCCGUCCAUCAUGUACUGCUUGUGCUCUACGAAGGGAGACAUGUGUCUAUCCCACGACAACUCAACUCGCAUCGAACAAACGCACAACUUCAAGCUCGCCCAUCACGAAAGUAUUGAAAAGUAUUGAAACAUCAUCUCCAGGUUCCGACACCUCAUCAGGCGUGGUCAUCAGAGAACCUUUGUUCAUCCCCCCAGACCGCACUGAACAAGAGCUGAAGCUCCUAUGGUUCUACGGCCAAUCAACCUUCAAGUCCUUCGCCGCCGACUCCGGGCCCGUCGACACCGUGAACCACGUCCUCAAAGUAAAACUAGUCGAGCAUGCCUUCUCCAACCCGUUCCUGAUGAACACCCUUCUCAGCCUGACCUCCCUACACCUCCAACACGUCGGCAUUGACAACCUCAACGUGCCCCCCGCCAAAGCUCUUGUCUACCGAGCCCGAGCCUUCGAGACUUACCGCAAAGCCAUCGAAGAAGCCAACCCGUCCACUUUUCCCGCCCUAGCCGCCUGCGCCCUCCUCCUCUGCGGUCUCACCUCCCAAGUCUUCCGGGACACGGAAGACUACAAGCCACUCUACAUCCUCGACUGGAUGAACGUCUGGCAAGGCAUCGGUUUAAUCGUCCAGAUGACCAGCGCCGAGAUGGUUCACAACUCUGGCAUCCAAACCAUCUUCUACCGGCCGCUGAUCGACCUCAACGCGGCGGCCGCGCACAUACCCAACUGCUUAGUCUUCAUGGUAGCCUCAGUAAAAGAAGGCGAUCCAGAUCACCGCGACAACCUAGUUUACUACAACAUCCUGCGCUACCUGGGGUCUCUCUAUCAAGAACUCAAGAACGGCUUCUCCGAUGUUUUGUUCAUGCGCAUCCUCACUUUCUUUUCGUACAUGCCCAAGUCGUUCAUCCUCCUGGCCCGGAAAAGGCGGCCGCGCGCGUUGGUCAUCAUCGCGUAUUACCUCGUCUUUUCCAAGAUGGUGCCGGUGUGGUGGUUCCGGGGCGUCGAUCGGGAUUUACCGCAUAUACUGGAGAUUCUGGGACCGGAGUGGGAUCCCCUUUUGAGGGUGCCCAAGCAGGCCGUGGGCAUUGAAGGGGGGCCGAGUACCUGGAUGGAAACUGCACAGCUGUUGCUUGGUGAUAAGAACUGGCGACCACCACGAAGAUUGAAACACGAAGGGAAACGACCAGGAGGAGGAGGAGGAGGAGGAGGAGGAGGGGGAGGAAGGCCGCAUGCUCCAAGCUUCCCGUUGGCUUGGGUGGAUAAUACGGGGAAACCGAUGCCGAGUCAUCUGUUUCUGGAUGAAUAUGAUCCGAGGGCUGUUGUGGGUGCCAAUGCGGGUGCGGGUGCGGGCCCUACGCCGUCGCCCACGCCCACGCCUUCUCCGUCUGGUGAGAGCCAGGAGGAGGAGGUGGUGGUGGUUAGUCGACCUGUGGAUAGCCCUUCUGUUUUGUGUUUGAUGUAG